AUGUCGACUGACCCAGCCGUUAGUCGUCUUCAAACAAGUGAUGAAGAUUCCACUCAACGUGGUUGUACACCAUGGUUACUUAUAUCAUGUGUUAUUCUUACUUUAACAACAGCAUUUGUAUUUGGUUGGGGUUUAGGUGCACCAAAUAUGUAUAAUCAUUAUACGGAACGAUUUAUUAACGAUACAGAUCCAUGUGUUCAUGAUAAAACACCUCAUUUGCAUUCAGAUACAACAACAUUAGUUCCAGAAAUCGUAGAUAAUAAUGAAAUUAUUGAAAAAACUGAUAAUGAAAAUGUUGAAUCUACAGACACUGAAAAUGAUAAUAUGAUAGAAGAAAGAUCUCAUAAACGUGGAAGAAAACAUCAAGAAAAAUUUAGUUUUAUAAAUGAAUUAACUAAAGGUAUUCCACAAACUGUAUUUCUUAUUGGAGCAUUUAUUGGUGCACUUUCUGGUCCAUUUUGGCCGAAUAUAUUCGAUCGUAAACGUACAGUGUUUGCUAAUUAUCUAUUUUGUUUUGCUUCAUCACUUGCUGUUUUAUUGGCAUAUUAUUUUGGUAAAACAUGGUUAUUUUAUCUAAGUCGUUUGUUACUUGGUUAUCAAGGAGGUAUGGCAUGUGUUGUAGUACCACCAUUUAUUGGUGAAAUCUCUUCACAACGUGUUCGUGGUGCAGCUGGUGCUGCUUUUCAACUUUCAUUAACAAUCGGUAUUCUUGUUGCACAAGUUGUUGGUUUACCAUUUAUUGCUGGAACAUGUGAUCGUUGGGCAUGGGGUCUUGGUAUUGUCUUUUUAUUACCAUUUAUUGGUCUUUUUCUUCUAUUUCCUAUACCUAAUUCACCAACACAAAUGAUUGGAAAAUAUAAUAAUGAAGAACAAGCUAUAGAAGAUUUAAAAAAAUUACGUGGAACACCUAAUAUUCAAGCUGAUCUUGAACUUAUUCGACAACAAACAAGACAAGUUAGUGGAGGUAAAACAGAAUCAUUAUCAAUUCUACAAGUACUUAGAUCGACUCAUUAUCGUUGGCCAAUGUUAACAACUGUCAUUCUUCAAUUAGCACAAGCAUUAUCUGGUGUCAAUGCUGUAUUUUUUUAUUCAUCAAAAAUGUUUGCAAAAGCUGGUAUUCCACAUCGUUCUAUUCCAUAUGCUAAUAUUGGUACAGGUAUAAUUAAUGUACUUGCAACAAUUGUAUCAAUAUCAUUAAUUGAAAAACUUGGUCGUCGUGCAUUAGUUAUUUAUCCAAUGGCUGUUAUGGUUGGUGUAUUUGCUAUACUUACAGUACUUGUUGAAUUAAAUGAAAGUCGAAGUAGUCCAACAUUAGGUGUAUUAUCAGUUAUAUUUAUUUUACUAUUUAUUGUUUGUUUUGCUGUUGGUCUUGGUCCAAUACCAUUUUUAUAUGGUAGUGAAGUUACUCGACCAGAAGCACGAGAUAGUAUUCAAUCAUUGGGUUUAGUUGCUAAUUAUGUUGGAAAUAUUCUUUUAUCAUUAUUUUUUCCUGCACUUAAUUCUAUUCUUGGUGGUUAUGUAUUUCUUAUUUUUAUGGUACUUGUUUUACUCAAUGUUAUUUUUCUUUGGUUUAAAAUGCCUGAAACAAAAAAUAAAUCAGUUGAAGAUGCUGAACGAUUUUGGAAUAUACAUGUAAAACCAAAAGAAACACUUUUAACAACAACUGCACCAGUUACAGCAUAA